AUGCUCUUGUGUCACUCUCGCUCUCUCUCUCUGAAACCCUACUCUUUCAUUUCCAUGGCUACCCACCGCCACAAUCACCGUCGCAGCCCCGAAGACCUCAGCCAAAACGGCGAACGCCACCACAACGACACCCACAACCACUCCGCCACCAAAAAACCCAAACUCUCUCUCAUCACAGCCGAAGAACUCCGCUCCGAAUUCGCCCACCACUCACCCUCUGUCGCCCGCAUAAACAACGGCAGCUUCGGCUCUUGCCCCGCCACCAUCAUCUCCGCCCAGCAAAAAUGGCAGCUCAAAUUCCUUCAACAACCAGACGAUUUCUACUUCAACACCCUCCAACCCUCGAUUCUCAAGACCCGAACCCUAAUCAAAUCACUCGUAAACGCCGAUCACGUUGACGAAAUCUCCAUCGUCGAUAACGCCACCACCGCCGCAGCUAUUGUCCUCCAACACAUCACAUGGAGCUUUUUCGAAUCGAGAUUCAGUACAGGUGACUCUGUGGUGAUGCUCCACUACGCCUAUGGCGCCGUGAAAAAGUCCGUUGCCGCGUACGUGACACGCGCCGGCGGCCAUGUAGUCGAAGUAAAAUUACCUUUUCCUUUGACUUCUAAUGAUGAGAUCAUAUCUGAAUUUCGAAAAGCUUUAGAAAAGGGUAAAGAAAAUGGUAGAAAAGUUAGGUUAGCUGUGAUUGAUCACAUAACUUCUAUGCCUUGUGUGGUUAUACCCGUCAAAGAGUUGGUAAGUAUUUGUCGAGAAGAAGGCGUUGACCGGAUAUUUGUAGAUGCUGCACAUGCAAUUGGGUGUGUUGAAGUUGAUAUGAAGGAAAUUGGGGCUGAUUUUUACACUAGCAAUUUGCAUAAAUGGUUUUUUUGUCCACCAAGUGUGGCGUUUUUGUAUUGUAGGAAGUCUGAUAAGGUUUCCGAUAUGCAUCAUCUGGUGGUAUCACAUGAGUAUGGGAAAGGGUUGGCUAUAGAAAGUGCUUGGAUUGGGACAAGGGAUUAUAGUUCACAAUUAGUCGUGCCGGAGGUAAUGAAUUUUAUGAAUAGAUUUGAAGGUGGGAUUGAUGGGAUAAGGAAGAGGAAUCAUGACAAGGUUGUUGAGAUGAGCAAUAUGUUGAUGAAAGCAUGGGGGACAAAUCUUGGGUCACCGCCGGAGAUGUGUUCGAGUAUGGCCAUGGUUGGAUUGCCGGCUUGUUUGGGGAUUUCAAGUGAUUCUGAUGCGUUGAAGUUGAGGACACAUUUGAGGGAUUGUUUUGGAGUUGAAGUUCCUAUAUAUUUUCGAGCACCAAAUGAUGGGGAGGUUGAUCUGGUAACAGGGUAUGCUAGAAUCUCUCAUCAAGUUUACAACACAGUUGAUGAUUAUUACAAUUUUAGGGAUGCCGUUAACAAGCUCGUUAACGAUGGGUUUACUUGCUCACUUCUCUAA